AGAUACAGGUCCAAAGUGGAAGAAGUAUGUUGGGCCUACAAGGGGAUUGCGCUUGCGUUUCCGUCCGAGCACGGGGAUCCGAGCAGAUAGAUAGUGGAUUUUGGUGAGGGAAGCAGCGGGCAGGGGCAUCAGGAAAAAGUCUUCCUUGGAGAGAAAUCUCUCCUCCCUUUCUCUCUCUCUCUCCUUCUCCCCUUCUUCUUCUUCUCCUCCCCCUUCUUCGUCUCUCUCGGGGGACGUUGCAUCGGAGGAGAUGCUGAGGAAGGCCUCCUCCAAAUUAGAUCUGGCUCGUCCUCCUGGAGGAGGAGCUGCCAGGCACCGGCUCGACUUCGACAGGCCCAAGCCUUUCCCGAUGAGCUUUGGGCUCAUGGGCGCUGCUGUCGGGGACAAGGCCAAGACGAAGAAGAUCGCCCCGUCCUCGAGAAGCAAUUUGAUCGCGAGGCCCGAGAGCUUCCGGCAACUUGCUGCCGAGGUGAUUGUGGUGGCAAUUGACGGGAGCAAGAGCAUCACGAGGCAUGCUCUUGAGUGGGCUCUAUCGAAUGUGGUCCAGCCCGGGGAUAGGAUCAUCCUGCUAGCUCUGCUUCCUUCCAGCUCCGGAUGGAAGUUUUGGAAAUUUGCGAAAUUCGCCCGCGAUUCUUCGACGAAGGACAAGAUCCGGCAGGAGGAAACGCGGAAGUCUUGCCAGUGUAUGAUGGAGCAGCUUCAAAGCCUUUUUGAUGCGAAGAAGGUACAAACGACCGUGAAGAUUUAUCCUUCCGCAGAGAAAGGAGCAACGACGAUCGAAGCGAAGAAACUUCAGGCUACAUGGGUUGUACUUGACAGGCACUUGAAGAAGGAAGAAAAGAGGUGCUCAGACAACUUACAGUGCAAUUUGGUCAUUGUGGAUCGCUACAAUCCCAAGAUACUCCGGCUCAAUCUCAAGCAAUCUCCAGAAGCGACGCCAUUAGAAAAGGCCGCAGUUCCACCACCGUUGGCAAAGCAGGCUGAAACUCCCGCAAGCAGUCCCGAUGUGGGAACGCCUUUCACAUCUACCAGCAGAGGAAAUUCAUCAUGCUCCGAGUCCAGCACCUCCCCAUUCUCAGGCACAGAACCUGGCAGCUAUCAAACGACUACUCCUGAAAGCUUUGGUGUGACCAUCGAGGACGUACGUCGUCCGGAAUAUGGUGCGUCAGAAUCCGAUAGCGACGACCCGACGGUUGUCCCAAGACGGUGGAGAAACUCAUCCAGGAAUCUCUCGACUAAGGACCACUCUAAGAACAAAGAAUACAAGGAGGCACGACAAGCUGAAGGUAAGAGAAGCAGCACACCAGUUCAAAGAGCAAGAAUCAGUCCAAUCAAGCAACGGAUUUCUUCAGACUCCCGGCUGUCUACAAGUAUGAGAGAGGGCAGCUCCAGGCAAAGCUUGAAAACUAUUCUGAACCCUGCCGCUCCGCGAUUAAGCAGCAGUGGUACUGCUCCGAAGCUAGCGCUGUCUGAUUUGCUCACAUCCUGCAAGCUCAGCUCAGAACUGGACGAGAGAAACAACCGGCCAAAUUGCGAAGAAGCCACAAGCAUAAGAAGAGCUGUGUCUUUGACGACACACUCUCCGUUAGAGCCACCACCUCUGUGCUCGAUCUGCCAGCACAAAGCACCUGUCUUCGGCCGACCUCCCAGAGAGUUCACGUUCGAAGAGCUCGAGCUCGCCACAGGUGGUUUCUCCCAGGCCAACUUUCUGGCGGAAGGUGGCUUUGGCUCGGUGCACAGAGGCGUUCUUCCUGAAGGCCAAGUCGUUGCAGUUAAGCAGCACAAGCUCGCGAGCUCGCAAGGCGACGUCGAAUUCUGCUCAGAGGUGGAGGUUUUGAGCUGUGCUCAACACCGAAACGUUGUCAUGCUUAUCGGCUACUGCAUGGAGGACAGCAGGCGUCUUUUGGUCUACGAGUUUAUAUGCAAUAACUCUUUGGAUGCUCAUCUUUACGGUAAAACCAUGGAUCCACUGGAGUGGAAAUACAGACAAAGGGUUGCUAUCGGUGCUGCUCGAGGAUUACGGUAUCUGCACGAGGAAUGCCGAGUCGGCUGCAUUGUUCACAGAGACAUGCGUCCUAACAACAUUCUUCUAACACAUGACUACGAACCUAUGGUUGGUGAUUUUGGUCUAGCUAGAUGGCAACCAGAUGGAGAACUUGGAGUUGAAACCCGCGUUAUUGGCACCUUCGGGUAUUUAGCACCUGAAUAUACACAAAGUGGUCAGAUCACAGAAAAGGCAGACGUUUACUCGUUUGGAAUAGUGCUCUUGGAGCUUGUAACUGGCCGCAAGGCCAUCGACAUUUCGCGUCCAAAGGGUCAGCAAUGCCUCACGGAAUGGGCUCGUCCAUUGUUGAGAAAACGAGUCUACCGGGAGCUAGUCGACCCCAAACUUUGCGGCGAGUUUGAGAAGGACGAAGUGACCUGUAUGCUCCAUGCUGCUUUCCUGUGCAUAUCACGGGAUCCAAACACACGGCCACGGAUGUCCCAGGUUCUUCGGAUUCUCGAGGGCGAGAUGACAAUCGACCCAGCUCCAGCCUCAUCUCUCAGCGACGAAGAUAUCCCUUCCAGGCCAGUGAGCGAGCCGACGCGGCGGUCGACGAGCGCCAUCUCCAGCCGGAAGAACAGGUACAUUCCCAGCAGCGUCGGCCACUACAGCUCGGGAGCUGCCAAGGAAGAUGGAGCUCUCGCAAGGCCAAACUCUGGCAACUUGACACUAGAAGAGCUCAAGGCUGCGUAUCGACACAAGCUCGGUCAUCGCAGGCUCUCCCUGGGCGAUGCUUUGUAACAUAGCAUUGUGAUUUUGCGCUUAUAUACUAUGUAAAUUGCGAAGAGAGAUGAUUUUGUUAGUAUUCUUUUUCGGCGGUC